AUGGCUGGGUCUUCGUUUCGACUGGCUGGGCUUCUCGCCCUCGCCCUUGGCAGCGUCGAGGGACGUCCGCAGUAUUUUGCGAAGGAUGCGACUCCUGGUUCGCCGUCUGACCCCAACACCAUUUCGACCUGUACGUGGUGGUGGGACAAUGUUGACGGGGCCAUCGCGUGCGCGGACAUGCCGUUCGAGUGGGGCAUCAGCAUGGAGGACUUCCUCCUCUGGAACCCUUCCAUCACUGCCGACUGCGGCAACUACCUGACGGGGCGGUCUUACUGCGUCGAAGCCCCGGCGGGCGGCAACGAACCUGCCCCAACCACCACCACAUCCAGCGCGGAGGAGCCGACGCCAACGAGCGGCAAUGGCGUGGAGACGCCGCAGCCAACGCAGCCAAACAUGGUCGAAAACUGCAACGAGUUCUACUUUGCCAAGGUGGGAGACUCAUGCGCCUCGAUCGCGGCGGGCAACGCCAUCACGGCCGCGCAGCUCUUCGAAUGGAACCCGUCCGUCGGCUCUGAUUGCAGCGGGCUCUGGGCCAACACCUAUGUCUGCGUAGGGCUGAUCGGCGGCUCCGGCCCCGCCCCGACCACCACCACCACCACCGGAAACGGCAUCCCCACGCCGACCCCGACGCAGCCCGGCAUGGUGGAUAACUGCGACGAUUUCUACUUGACCAAAGUCGGCGACUCGUGCGCGGCAAUUGCGUCCAAAAACAGCAUCUCACAACAACAAUUCCUGGAAUGGAACCCGUCGGUAGGUUCCGAUUGUACAGGGCUCUGGGCCAACACAUACGUGUGCGUGGGCCGCAUUGGCGCCACGCCUACCUCGGCGCCAACAACCUCAACAACCUCAACAGGCAACGGCAUCGCGACUCCAACCCCGACACAGCCCGGCAUGGUGGAUAACUGUGACGGGUUCUACUUUGCCAAAGCCGGCGACACGUGCGCGACAAUUGCGUCCAAAUACAGCAUCACACAGCAGCAGUUCCUGAGCUGGAAUCCCUCACCGCAUUGGAACUUCGACCAACCCCCCGCAACGACGACGACGACUGCGGGCAACGGGAUUGCGACGCCUACGCCGUUCCAAGCCGGCAUGGUGGGCAACUGCAAGAAAUUCCAUUUCGUUGUCAAGGGCGAUAUCUGUGCUUCAAUCGCGACAAAAUACAGCAUCACCGUUGCAAAUUUCAUCAAGUGGAACCCUGCCGUCAAGAGUGACUGCACUGGGAUUUGGGCCGAGAACUAUGCUUGUGUUGGACUGAUCUAA